GGCCAUUGAAUAGAAAAAGGGCAGGUCUGCUGCGCCCUCCUUCCCACCCCCCUUCCCGCCCAGGGUGUGGAGCACUGGCCAGGUGUCGGCUUGGGUGGUUGGUUACCGCCUUUUGCACCAGCAGCGGCGAGGAGGAGGAGGGGGGGUGGGCGCUCUUUCCUUUUCUUUUAGGAGAGGUUUUAGCACAGGUUUUCUCUUCUCACUUCCACUCCACCUCACCGCCUCCCGACCCCCCUUUUCCCCCUCCCCACCUAUCGUCAUGACGGCGUCUCCGGAUUACUUGGUGGUGCUUUUUGGAAUCACUGCUGGGGCCACUGGGGCCAAGCUGGGCUCGGAUGAGAAAGAGCUGAUCCUGCUGUUAUGGAAAGUCGUGGAUCUGGCCAACAAGAAGGUGGGACAGUUGCACGAAGUACUAGUUAGACCGGAUCAGUUGGAGCUGACGGAAGAUUGUAAAGAAGAAACUAAGAUCGACGCCGAAAAGCUGUCCUCGGCGCCGCAGCUGGACCAAGCACUGCGACAGUUUAACCAGUCAGUGAGCAAUGAACUGAAUAUUGGCGUAGGAACUUCUUUCUGUCUCUGUACUGAUGGGCAGCUUCAUGUCAGGCAAAUCCUGCAUCCCGAGGCUUCCAAGAAGAAUGUAUUAUUGCCUGAAUGCUUCUAUUCCUUUUUUGAUCUUCGAAAAGAAUUCAAGAAGUGUUGCCCUGGUUCACCUGAUAUUGAUAAACUGGAUGUUGCAGCAAUGGCAGAGUGUUUAAAUUUAGAGAAGAAUAGUUCAGUCUCCCGGUAUGGAGCCUCUCAAGUCGAAGAUAUGGGGAAUAUAAUUUUAGCAAUGAUUUCAGAGCCUUAUAGUCACAGGUUUUCAGAUCCAGAAAGAGUGAAUUACAAAUUUGAAAGUGGCACUUGCAGCAAGAUGGAGCUGAUUGAUGACAACACAGUGGUCAGGGCCCGAGGUUUACCAUGGCAGUCUUCGGAUCAGGAUAUUGCAAGAUUCUUCAAAGGGCUCAAUAUCGCCAAGGGAGGUGCAGCACUUUGCCUGAAUGCCCAGGGUCGCAGGAACGGGGAGGCACUGGUUCGGUUUGUGAGUGAGGAGCACAGAGACCUUGCCCUGCAGAGGCACAAACACCACAUGGGAACCCGCUACAUUGAGGUUUACAAAGCAACAGGUGAAGAUUUUCUUAAAAUCGCUGGUGGUACAUCCAACGAGGUAGCCCAGUUUCUCUCCAAGGAAAAUCAAGUCAUUGUCCGCAUGCGGGGGCUCCCAUUCACAGCCACAGCUGAGGAAGUGGUGGCCUUCUUUGGACAGCAUUGCCCCAUCACUGGGGGGAAGGAGGGCAUCCUGUUUGUGACCUACCCAGAUGGCAGGCCAACAGGGGAUGCUUUCGUCCUCUUUGCUUGUGAGGAGUAUGCACAGAACGCGCUGAGGAAGCAUAAGGAUUUGUUGGGUAAAAGAUAUAUUGAACUCUUCAGGAGCACAGCAGCUGAAGUUCAGCAGGUGCUGAAUCGAUUCUCCUCGGCCCCUCUCAUUCCACUUCCAACCCCUCCCAUUAUUCCAGUACUACCUCAGCAGUUUGUGCCCCCCACCAAUGUUAGAGACUGUAUUCGCCUUCGAGGUCUUCCCUAUGCGGCCACAAUUGAGGACAUCCUGGACUUUCUGGGGGAGUUUUCCACAGAUAUUCGAACUCACGGGGUUCACAUGGUACUGAAUCACCAGGGCCGCCCAUCAGGAGAUGCCUUUAUCCAGAUGAAGUCUGCGGACAGAGCGUUUAUGGCUGCACAGAAGUGUCAUAAAAAAACCAUGAAGGACAGAUAUGUUGAAGUCUUUCAGUGUUCAGCUGAGGAGAUGAACUUUGUGUUAAUGGGGGGCACUUUAAAUCGAAAUGGCUUAUCCCCACCGCCAUGUAAGUUACCAUGCCUGUCUCCUCCUUCCUACACAUUUCCAGCGCCUGCAGCAGUUAUUCCUACUGAAGCUGCCAUUUAUCAGCCCUCUCUACUUUUGAAUCCACGGGCACUGCAGCCUUCCACAGCAUACUACCCAGCAGGCACUCAGCUCUUCAUGAACUACACAGCAUACUACCCCAGCCCCCCAGGUUCGCCCAAUAAUCUUGGCUACUUCCCUACAGCUGCUAAUCUUAGCAGUGUCCUUCCACAGCCUGGCACGGUGGUCAGAAUGCAGGGCCUGGCCUACAAUACUGGAGUUAAGGAAAUUCUUAACUUCUUCCAAGGUUACCAGUAUGCAACCGAGGAUGGACUUGUACACACAAAUGACCAGGCCAGGACUCUGCCCAAAGAAUGGGUUUGUAUUUAAGGGCCCCACCAGUUAGACCGUCCUCAGAGAAGAAGUGUUUGAAAGCUGUCUGGUGAUGCUGCAACCAUCAGACACAAGACAACGUCUAGCAACGUCAGGGGAAGUUUGUCUACACUCAGGAGGCAGUAUUUUCAGCAAACGUGAUUGGACAGGGGCCUGGGCCCUAUCUUUUGGUAGAAUGAAAAAUUUGAGCCAGUGAAGCCAAAUCCUAAUAGCAAGCAGCAUGCCUAGCUCCCUGCUGGUUGCAUUUAAAAUGUGAAUUGAAAAUUGGUUGUCUCAAUUACUUCCAGCCAACAUGGCAUCAUAGGUAUUUCUUAAGUUUGAUGUCUUGGGCGGGGGGUGGGGUGGGAAUACUCCACUUAUGUCUACUAUCUGCACCAGGAACUCUGUUAUGGAAACUUCAUUUUCGUGUGUUCCCACUGUUCUCUUUCUCUCUCCCUACUUUCUAUACAAUCAUGCCCUAUUAUGAAGUAAUUCAAGAAUAAGUUCUUGGAGUACUUGAAUCCCAAACUUUAGAAAUAAAACUAAUAUUUUCUCAGUCUCUUGGCCAUCAUGAUGUCUUAUAGUUUAAAAAAAAAACAAAAACAAUUUUUAAACAAGUUGGAAUAAAUUAGAAAUAGUGCACCCACCACAAAACAUACAUAGUUUAAAAGUUGGACCCUUUUCUCAGCAGGUAUGAAUUGUAAAUAAAUGAACUAGGGGCCAAAAUGCAAAACCAAAAAUGAAGCAGCUACAUGUAGUUAGUGAUUUCUAGUUUGAUCUGUUACUGAAUAUUGUGGCUUCAUAUGUAUUAUUUUAUAUUGUACUUUUCCCAUUAUUGAUGGUUUGGACCUUAAUAAGAGAAAUUCCAUAGUUUUAAAUAUGACAAAAAUGAGAUUAUUUGAACAGUGUAUUCUAGAAAGCAGUGUACUAACUGAACUUGUGUAUAUUAAGAUAGCCUUAAACCUCUAACUCCUUAACUGUCAUAUAAUGAAAACUUUUUAAAGCAUAGGAUUAUAGUCAGCAUGCUACACGGAGAGGUAAACACUGAUGCGGUUAGAGCAGGUACUGAUGCUGUCGGUAUUUAGCACUGUGUGUUUAGCUGUGUUUAUGCUUGCUACAGAAGUGCAAUAUUAGACACUAGCUAGCUAGUACAGCUGCCUCAUGUUACUCCAAAGAGGAAAAUAGGACUUCAUUAACUUAGUGCACAUUUAAGUUACUCAUCUUGUCCUUUGCUUGAAUGCAAUGCCAUGCAGAUUUCCAUGGCUGUUAAUUUUAUUUACUUUGACUAACACCUUGGAAAAACAAACAUCCCCUCUUCAGCUGCCCAGGAAUGGGUCCGGAACUGCAGUAGGGGAAAAAAAAAAAAAACCAAAACCAUUUUGUGUGAAAAUUGGGGAUAACUGGCACUUAAGAUCCGAAAAAAAGUUCUUAAUACUUGAUGCCUUAAGAUGCUGUCUGCCCAAAGCUCUGAAAGACUUUGAUAGGCAAUAAUACUUACAAUACUACUGAGUUUUUGUAGAAUAUUUACAUUUGAUAAUAAA